UCAAUAUUAAUUUUACACAUUAUCAUCAAAUAAGUUGGGAAAGUUCUUAAUUUUUAAAAUUUUAAUUCACUGUUUGCACAUUGAGUACUUCAUGUAGCCAGUUAUUAGUUUUUACAUGUAUCACUACGUUUGGCAGGAUCGGUCCUCCGUAGAAUCUCGGUCUUCCAGGACCAUAACAUGUUUAAAGGAAGGCAGCUGGAUUCUCCAACAGGAAAAGUCCAGUUAAACCAGCAGCUGUUCUGUUGGACAGGAAACCAGUUUGGACCGACAGACUCCAGGUUUCAAACGAAUCGCAGCAAACCUGUCAUGUUGGUCAAAAGGUGAAAAUGGUCGCGUCACUUCCUGUUUGACGGAGCAGAGCUCCUGACCUCCGCUGACCCCUGAGGUGAGCCGUCUGAUUGCCUCGUUAUGGGGUAAAUAUUGCCGCAGUGACGGCAGAGCUGGGUAUAAACGCUGCGGACGGAGCCUCGGCGUCCAGCAGGCCGCCGCAGCUCCGCCGACCGCACAGCCUUCAGCCUCCACCGCAUCCGAGUCGGUCAGCACCAUGGUCAACGCCAGCAUGCUGCUGCUCAGCGCCGCCUGCUGGCUGCUGGUGGCGCUGGGCCGCUGCGACGAGCGGCUAGAGGAGCGAUCGCCCGAGUACGACGUCAUCAAGACCGAGGAGGAGAAGGAGCUGAUCGAGGCUCUGCAGGAAGUCCUGGAGAAGCUGAAGAACAAACAGCUGCCGUCGUCGGAGAAGAAGCUCGGCUGGCUUCCACCUGUAAGCUCCGCCUCGCCUGCAGACACGGGGGGCUCUGGGUGUCUAACCGCAACACUUUCCCAUGCGGCGCCGGUGAGCAGUGUGCGGUGCGUAAAGGAGCGAGGAUCGGGAAGCUGUGUGGAUGUCCCAGAGGAACGUUGUGCAACUUCAGCGUCCUGCAGUGUGCAUAGAGACGCUGCACAAACCAAACAAUAAAGCUCUAGAAAACCUUUCAUGCUCGUUUGGUUUUAAGCCAACAGUUUUAAAGUUAUCUGAUACAAACGAAAGCUUCAACUUGGAACCUGGUUUAAUGUGUUUUAAAUAAUAAAAAUAUUGAAUCUA